AUCUAAAUCACGUCACCUUGACACUGUUGCCCGCGCUAAACCAGAAACUGGCUGUUAGUUUUAGGAAAGCCCUGAGAAUUUAAGUGAUCUGACGUUCACGCUUUUCUUUUUCUCGCUCCACACAAUGCAGUCCGACACGUUGCUGCACGUCGCCAACUUCAGCACCUUAUUUGUGUGCAUGGUGCUGAAGUUUCCGCAGAUUUUCGUACUGAUGCGAGCGAAAUCUACGACAGGAGUCAGCCUCAACAGCCUCCUGCUCGAGCUGAUCGGGUUCAUUGUCUUUGUGACGUACCAGAUGUACUAUGACUACCCACCUCCUACAUACCUGGAAUACCCCAUCCUCAUUGCCCAAGACGUCAUGCUGCUUCUGCUGAUUCUACACUACAACGGCAGCCUGCGGCAGAGUGUCAUCUACGCCUCGGUGUUUGUGGGGGGUUGGAAGCUCCUCACUGUGGAGAAGUGGAUCAUCGAUCUGGCUAUGAGUCUUUGCACGUUCAUCAGUGCAGCCAGUAAGUUUGCCCAGCUGCAAUGCCUGUGGAGGUCUAAGGACGCUGGGCAGGUUAGCGCCCUCACCUGGGGGAUGGCUACCUACACCUGUAUAGCACGGAUUUACACAACCACUGUGACGACUGGAGACGUGCAGGUUCUGGUUCGCUUCAUCGUCAUGACCUUGCUGAACCUGUGGGUGCUGCUCACUGUCUUCUACUACCAGAAACACAGCAGUAGCUCCAAGAAGAGAGACUGAGCUUCAGUGGGGUCCCAGAGCUGACAGCUUCUCACAGGACGCUCACAUCGUCUACUGGCCCAUUGUCAUCAGUGACUCAUAUGUUUAAUAUAUUGACCUCAGUAAUGAACCCACACACCGUUACCAUUCCUCUUUAUACAGUAUUUGAAGACAUAAGCCCAUAAGUAUAUGGGAAAUGUUCCUCCCAGGAGAAGCAAUACUGUGUUUCAAAUCAUUUUUAGUUUUAUAAAUGUUUUUUGUGAAGUGUUAUAAACAUUUUGGCUUCUUAA